GGCGAGUCCAGCCCGGGACUCUGCAGCGGCUCCGGACGGGGAGAGUGGGGCAGAGGCUCGCCUCUCCGAGGGAUGGAGGGGAUGGAGGCGGCGGCCAAGUCCGCGCGCCGCUCUCAAGCAUCCAAGUCGAGGAGCAGAACACACCCCACGAAAGCAACUCCAGCUAUGGCUAGAGAUGGCGCUGAGCAGUCAGACAGCAGACCUCUCCAGAGACCUUCACCCUGUCCCCAGGAAGAUGGAGCACGUAACCUGAUGCCCCCCAAGCCUCCCAGGACAUGGGGGCUGCAGCUCCAAGGCCCUUCUGUGCUGGAGUCUAAGGUGAAGGCCUUGAAGGAGAAAAUGACAGCAGGAAAACAGGGGAUAAAUCCUUGUCCCACUUCCCCUGAGUGUCCAUACCCCAUGAAAUCCAAAUGCCACCAAGUUAAGCCUGGAGCAGUCUGGAGUCUACCAGAUGCCUUGGUGGUCCCCCAUGCUCAGAACCCUAAUGAUAGACAUCUGGCCAGACAUGUUAAUGAGAAGAAAUCUGCCAGGAACAGUGGAUCCAAGCCAUCUACCCCUGAGAGCUGGAAUGAACAAAGCCCGUGGUCUCCAGAAGCAGUGUGGAUGCUGGCUAAUCACGAGGAGGACCCAGUACCAAGGUCUGGCUCUUUACAAGAAAGUCCCAACAACCAGGUUUCUGCAGGCCAGCCACAGGGGCCUGGUCCCUGUAAAACCACCCACUUGAACAGCCUGAAGAAGAGAGGACCAUACCCGCUUGGAGAUGGCAUGGUCACAAAGGCAGAUCUGGACAGCACAGCUCUAACCUCCAAGGAGGAUUUCAUUCCUAGAACAGAUCAGCCAGAGACGUUCUGGAGAGCUGGUGGCUUGGAGGCUCUGGGCACUGAGGCAAAUGCUUUGUCCCUGUCUGACCGGGUAGAGAGGAACCGCCUCCUGCUGCAGGAGAUCCUGAAGGUUUCCAGACAGAGUCCUCCCAAGGCAGGGAGCCCAGACUGGACUCCACCCUGGGACAGGGAUGCAUCAGAGCGACCAGCGGGAGACGUGGACUGGGACUCGGGCACCCCCCAGCAGGACUCAGGUCAGAGCAGGACCUUUGUUCCCAAGCUGGAGCCUAUGUUGAGUGCCAAGCAUGAGGAAGCCAAACAUCUGCUUCGGCGUGCUCGCCUGAAGGCCAAGACCCAACCUCUCCGAGCCAGCCACGAUAUUGUGCCCACCAUUGCUCAGGGCAGCCGAAAUGGCCAGAGAAGCCCAGCCCCGGAUGUGAGGACCACCUCUGCCUACAGAGAAAGCCUCCAGAAUGGGAACUUGAAUGACCCCUCCAGUGUAGAGCCCAGCAAUGGGCAGUGGCCCAAGCAAGGAAUGCCCCUGUCUCAUGUCCGUUUUGAAGAUGAGUCUGCCCACGAGGCUGAGUUCCGGUACCUGGACCGACUUCAGCAGCGCCAGCGUCAAGUGCUAAGUACAGUGCUACAGGCUGUGGACCAAGGACCUCUGCGCUCCAAACCAGACCUAACCAGCUACGUUAACCGCAGCGUAGAGAACAGCUCAUUUCAUAGGGCUGGGGGCUGCCUGGACCACAAUAACUUCCCUGCACCACCAACAUGGGACAAUGAGAGGAAGUGUCCAGCCUGUGGCAGCUGUCUCUCGGAGCAUCACCCUGCUGAGGGGAGGGCAGCCUCUGACCUGAGGGUCCUCCGGAGUCUCCAGGCUGCCUGUGAGGCAGAGGCAGUACUGCUGGGGCCCUGCAAUUCCCAUGGCUUGAGCUCCCCAUUCUCAGGGCUCCACACAGAAUGGAUCCAGGAAACACACAUCACAGACACUGUUGCCACACACCCUGAGGAGGAGGACUCUGCCCUGGACAGCACCCACAGUUCAGACAGCUGGACAGACAGUAACGAUGCCAGGACCUCUCAGCCCAGCAGGGCAGGUGAGCAGAUCCAAAUCAGCAGCCCCCAGCAGUGGCAGCAUGGGUCUAGGACCCAGCGAGGUCCCCAGUGGUUCAGAAAGGCUGAGACAGAGCUGCCCUGCGGACUUCAGGCCUGGUCUCGCCUGCCCGAGCUUGAUGAUGUAGUUGUAGGAGGGGAGGUAAGAGAAGCCAGUGGACACAUACCUCAGGGGACUUUGUUUCUAGAGGAAGAUGCUGUGCCUAAACCUGCCUUGGAACCUAAGAGGCCUUGGUCCCAGGGGCAGCUUGGACCACAGUUAGGAAGUCACUGGGCCCACCCUGAGGACUGCAGGACUCCAUGCAGGACAGCUUAUGCUGUGUCAUUUUCCAAGAAGUGUGGGUCCCCAGGAUCAGGCCAACCAGAUCAAGUUCCUGAAAGCCAGGAGUCUUUGGAAUCUCUCUGCACCUCUCCCCUCCAUCGGAGCCAUGAAGAGCCCUCCGCACCCCUCCCAGCCUUACAGCCAAAUUUGCCCCUCACCCCUGAAGUGCCAACUCCUCCUUCUUCAAGGAAAUCCCUCUGCCCUGUGCCUCCAAGGACAUCAGUCCAGAAGGGACAUCACAGGCAGCAACACCAGGUGGAGCAUGUGGAUAGCCCCCUGCCUCUGUCCCCUCCAAGAACUGUGGUUCUCACCCGACCCCAGCCCCAGCCCUGUAGCCCCCAAGUUAAGCAUCCACUGCUGGACCUGCCCAACAACAACUACAACAGCAGUGCCCCUCUAGGGCUGCAGGGGCUCUCCGGAGCGGCUGUCCACAGGAGUAGAUCUGAAAAGGACCACUGUUGUCAGGAGCCUGCGCUGCUUCUGGAGAGCAAUGGAGACGGAACACUCCAGGACUCUCUGCUGUCAGUGGAUGUCGCCACUGUCCAUUCUACAGCCAUCACCCUCUCCCUCAACUCAGAGGAGCCUGAGCAAAGCCAGGAGCUGGAAGGAGGACCACAAAGGACGCAAUCCAGCUCUGGAGGCCACAUACCCACUGGAGCAUCACAUGAAGCCAGUCUUGAGGCCAGUGCAGGGUACAAGCCACCCUCAGAUGCCCAUUCUGAUGGGAACAAGAAAAGGAGGGGUAGUAUUACCUCCACCCUGGGGCUCAGAAAGCUUUUCUCAGCCCUGGGCCACAGUCCCCGGCCCAGACUUGGCCCAUCCCGAAGCUACAGCGUGGAACAGCUCCAGCCCUCAGCACUGGCUCCACAGACCAGCACCUCCAAAGUGAAAAGAGCCCCGUCCUUACAGAUCCUGCAUCUGGUGUCACCCUCCCAUCAGCAUCGGAAAGCAGCUUCCUUUCAGAACCUCCAUUCUCUGCUAGGUGGCAAAGGAGAUCGGUCCAGCCUCUACCUGGUAGAGGGGUCAGAGGACAGCACUACACCCAGCAGGCCAGCCAAGGCCUUUCCGCAUCGUGCCCUCAGUGUGGAAGAUGUGGGUGCCCCUAGCCUGGCUCGGACUGUGGGCCGCGUGGUGGAGGUGUUCCCAGAUGGCACAAGCCAGCUGCAGCUGCAGCGACCCCCAAACGGCACCUUUGGUUUCUGUGUGGCCUAUGGCAGUGGCCGUAGAGACUCAGGGCUCUAUGUGCAGGCCAUGGCCGACCUGGAUACUGCCAAGCUGUACUCAGGGCUGCUUGGGGUAGGGGAUGAGAUCCUGGAGGUGAACGGGGCCAAGGUUGCUGGGCUGGGCUUGGCUCACAUCAAAGAGCUACUGGCUCAUGUGGAGAGCUUGUCAAUUCGUGUCUUGAGACAAAGGCCUGUUCCCCGAUGACCCUGAAGUACUGCUGCUCUUGCUGACACUCCUUCAGGACCCCUGACCCACACACACACAGCAGGAGGGGCUAGAAAUGUGCCACCCAGAGUUAACAUGUGAAUGGAAAAUGUAGUUCACAGAUCAGAAGCUGUUCUGAUCCACCACCUGCAGGAAGAGGCUAAGAACCUUGUGUGUACAUGCAGUUAAGGUUACUAAUUUAUACAGGUCUGGGGAUAGAAAAUCCUGGUUUCUUCCUUCACAGAGUGGUCAUGUUCCUUUGUUGGAGGGAGAGAGGACAGCAACUGACUGAUCCUUGGGUUGGUCCCUGAGAGCUGGCUUCAGCUUCUGGCCACGCUCACCGAGAAGGCUUCCCAGCCCCCAGCACACCAGAGACAGCGUGGCCACUCUGGCUUUGUGCCCCAUUCCUUUCAGCUGUGGCUUGCCUGCUUUCCAUGUGACACUUUGCUUAUGAUCCAGAAAGGGCUCAGUAUCUUGGCACAGCCUGACAGCCAGGAACACAUAUUCCUAACUGUGUUCUGUAAAGUAUGGCCUGUCAGGAGCUCUGUGCCCCUCCUGAGUAUGCAAACUUCUGAGCAAUUCUGGGAGCCGAAUAUUAAGAAUUACUAGAGAUUUUUAUGACCAACACAAAGUUGAAAAAUGAAACUAUUGCCAUUUGCAGCAAGUGUGGCCAUGGUACUAAGGCCCAGCCAGUCCUUUGCCUCCACCCCUGCC